AUGGAUGGAUUGUCAUCAGCGCAACGCGAACUUGGCAAAGGGUUGCCUUCGAAUUCAUCGGCGACUUCACCACCAGCGGCGGAAAACGUGAUUCGGCCAGGGGUGGCAAUCGACGCCCCCCGACCUACCCCACGGACCGGACCCUACUUCGACUUGGCGGCUUCCAAGAAUGUGACCGCGUUACUUGGCAAGACCGCUUACUUGAACUGCCGCGUCAAAAACUUAGGAAAUAAAACGUUGAAUAUGCAAGUAUCGUGGGUGCGGCACCGAGACAUUCACCUGCUUACAGUGGGACGCUACACGUAUACCAGCGAUCAACGGUUUCGAGCCAUACACCUCCCUCAUUCAGAAGACUGGACUUUACAGAUAAAAUAUCCGCAGCACAGGGACUCUGGUAUCUACGAAUGCCAGAUUUCAACGACUCCACACAUGAGCCAUUUUAUACAUUUGAACGUCGUUGAACCCACGACAGAAAUAAUAGGAGGUCCAGACCUGUACAUCGACCGGGGCAGCACUAUCAACCUAACAUGUGUAGUGUUGUACUCGCCUGAGCCACCGGCAUACAUAUUUUGGAAUCAUAAUGAUGCGAUAAUAAGCUACGACUCGCCAAGGGGUGGCGUAUCAGUUGUUACCGAGAAGGGGGAGACUACCACAUCCUUCCUACUCAUCCAGCAAGCACGUCCCUCGGACUCAGGGACGUACCAGUGCAACCCGAGCAACGCUCAGGCUAAGAGCAUCGUGGUACAUGUUCUAAACGAAGCAAAUUCGAUUUUCCCUUUGUCAGGUGAAUACCCGGCCGCGAUGCAGAGAGGAGGCCAAGCAUUCGCCCCAACAUCGAUCCACUGCGUCGUGCUUGCCAUCAGUUUGUUCCUCGCGUUAUCUUGACAUCUGCAAACAGAUUUAUCCAUGUAAAUAGUAUCCCAAUCUAUUUCGCUGUUUAUAAUGAUGCUUGUGAUAUUAUAGCAGGUCCUAUUUUAACGUGAUUUUAUAUAAUAUUAAGAAUAGGAUUGUUGACACUAAUCAAAACUUUGACUGUUUAUGUACCCCUAAUAUUAAAGUUAGAAGCGUUUUAAAUGGAGGGGAAGUUACGUUAAUUUGUCGUACAAAUAAAGUGCAUUCUAUGGAGUUAUAAACCUCAUGGGAUUGUAUCACUAUAAUCUGUCUUAUAACCAUUAUUAAACGUAUAUAACUUAAUCGGAAUUUAAUUUCGUGUCACUGUUAAACAUUGUCAAAUACCAUGAUGGAGUCA